UUGAUUUUCUUCACUCUGUUUCUCUUUGUUGCUCUUCCUUUUGAUUUCAUCUCGAUCCUUGAUAUCUUGCCGGGGAAACCCAGUUCAGUCCUUAAAUUUCCCUUUAUCUUCGCUGAUUACGGCUCUACAACCAUUUAAUUAGGAGUUCACUUCAAGAACAAGCAUCAUGAGCUGCUUCAGCUGUUGCGAAGAAGAUGAUAGCCAUAGACCUCCUCAAAAUGGUGCCUUCAUGGCAAAUAGUGCAGCAACCAGUACUGGACAUUAUCAAGUGAAACAAGCUGCUCCAAGGGAUACACAGGUUAUAGCUAUGCAACCAAUUGCUGUCCCUCCCAUUUCAAUGGACGACCUGAAGGAUGCUACUGAUAAUUUUGGGACAAAGUCUUUAAUUGGUGAAGGCUCAUAUGGACGAGUAUAUUAUGGUGUUUUAAAAAAUGGCCAGGCUGCAGCCAUCAAAAAGUUAGAUUCCAGUAAGCAACCUGAGCAAGAAUUUCUGGCACAGGUAUCAGUAGUAUCCAGAUUGAAAGAUGAAAAUGUUGUUGGGCUCCUUGGAUAUUGUGUUGAGGGUCCUCUCCGAGUCCUUGCUUAUGAGUAUGCUCCUAAUGGAUCUCUUCAUGAUAUUCUUCAUGGAAAGAAAGGUGUUAAAGGAGCACGGCUAGGUCCUGUUCUGUCAUGGGCACAAAGAGUUAAAAUUGCUGUUUGUGCAUCAAGAGGACUCGAAUACUUGCAUGAAAAAGCACAGCCUCAUAUUAUCCAUCGGGAUAUUAAGUCCAGCAAUGUACUGCUUUUUGACGAUUACGUAGCUAAAAUUGCUGAUUUUGAUUUGUCAAAUCAAGCCCCAGAUUCUUCAGCACGCCUACACUCCACUCGAGUUUUGGGAACCUUUGGUUAUCAUGCUCCAGAGUAUGCAAUGACUGGAACAUGGAGUUCAAAGAGUGAUGUCUACAGCUUCGGUGUUGUCUUGCUAGAGCUGUUGACUGGCCGUAAGCCUGUUGAUCAUACUUUACCACGGGGGCAGCAGAGUCUUGUGACAUGGGCAACCCCUAGACUCAGCGAAGACAAGGUGAAACAGUGUGUUGAUGCAAGAUUGAACGGGCAGUACCCUCCUAAGGCAAUUGCAAAGAUGGCUGCUGUUGCUGCCUUGUGUGUGCAAUAUGAAGCUGAUUUUCGCCCAAAUAUGAGUAUUGUAGUGAAAGCUCUCCAGCCUCUUUUGAACACUCGAGUAGCUCACCACAGUGAACCCCACUCAUGAUGCGCCACAUCUUGCCUCAGCAUAUGGUUGUUUUUUUGAAAAAAAAAAAUUAUUUGUAAAUUUGGUUCUAUAAAAGGCGUUAAAUUAUGUGCAGUUAUUUAAACCUCAUUUGAUAUUUGUUUUGGGAUAAGAUUGGCAGGAUUUUGCAUAUUCAAUUACCUUAAGCCACAAGGUAAUCCGUGAUAGGGGCUAUUUAUUGGUGGUUUAUUUAUGUUUUUAGCAGCUUCUAAUUUUCAUGUUCUUGUGAGCUGAUGAAUGCCAAGUUAAAUUCAGAUA